AUGCCGCAGAUAGGAGCGGGGCAGAGGUUCUCAGACAGAGCCGUGUUUGAGCGAAACGGUCUGGGAGGCCAAGCUAAAGAUGGCAGGGAGAGGGAGAGCCCAGAGCCCUCUCACUCGCUGCACCACAGCACCACCUACUGGUCCCCGAGGGCAGCUCGUACGGCGCAGUGUGAAGCAGCAGUGACGGUCACGUCCCUGAGCAGUGACUCGGGGAAACCGGUACUGUUUGCUCUGGACACCUCCUCCACUCCCACCUGCGGCAGCCGCAGCCUGAGCUACGGCCCUCAUGAGUUCUGUGGCAAGGCCGCCUGCCGCCUGACACACAACGUGUGGCAGCGACGGACAGAGAUGCUCCUGGAGCCUCUGAACCGCUCGGCUGAGUUCUGCAGUCAGUUCCGGGACGGGCAGUGGUACUGCUUCCUCCUACUCGUGCUGUACGCCCUGGCUCUGCCCGUGGGCAUUGUGGGAAACGUGGCGGCGCUGCUCAGCUACGCUUGCUUCCGGAAGGCGUGGACGGCCAGCAGCGUGUUCCUGCUGAACUUGGCUCUGUGCGACUCCGCCUGGAUGCUGACCCUGCCCUUCACCAUCUACUUCAGUCUGCAGAAGCCCUACCUGCGGGACAUCCAGACCUUCUGCCAGUUCAAGAAGGUCUCCUUCAACGUCAACAUCUACGGCAGCAUCUUCUUCCUGACGCUGAUCAGCUUCGACCGCUACGCCGGCACCGUGCACCCGCUCAGCUCGCUGUCCUGGUGGGACGCCGGCAAGGCCCGGUUCUGCUCCGCUGCCGUCUGGAUGCUGCUGCUGCUGGGCUCCGUCCCCGACCUCUUCGUCACCUUCGCCGUCAAGAGGCCCGGCAACAUCACCGUCUGCAUGGACCACAUCCAGGGCCCCUUCGCCUACGUCAGGACCAUCUCCAUCACGCGGACGCUGGUGGGGUUCGUGCUGCCGUUCGGCCUCAUGCUGUCCUUCUACAUGCUCACCGCCCGGGUGCUCCGCGCUCUGCCCAGCGGGAAGCGGUCCGGCAGGCCCCUGCGGCUGAUCUCGGCGGCCAUCGCGGUGUUCGUGGUGUCCUUCGUGCCGUACCACGUGAUGAUCAUGACGCUGGUCUUCAUGCGGGUCAACCGCCUGGUCACCCCCGGCAACGCGGCAGUGCUCUACGCCUCCUACGAGUUCCUGGAGGCGGUGUGCAGCAUCAGCAGCGCGCUGGACCCGCUGCUCUACAUCCUGGCCAGCGAGCGCUUCCAGCGGAGCUGCCUGGAGCAGGCGCGUCGCGGCGCAGGGGUGACGGCCGCCCCACGCCCCGCCACGCCCCCCGCCACGCCCCGUCAUGCCCCCGCCACGCCCCGCCAUGCCCCGCCACGCCCCGCCAUGCCCCCGCCAUGCUGUGUCCUCGCCACGCCCCCGACACACCCCAGUCACACCCCCGUCACACCCCCGUAA